GAGGUUAGCGUGAGAUUAAUAUAUAUCGGUCUUUCAAAACACAUGAUCUUGAUAGCAAUUUGAGAGUUUGAACUGUAAGUUUUUAUGUUACUUUAUUCGUUCACCAAAUGUUUUUAUGGAAGCCUUGCCACGUGGAACACGUGCCCCGGGUUUUAAGAAAUGAAUUUGACUCACCAGCUAAUACAUAAAGAAUACUGUACAGCCUAGAAGGAAAGAUCAAAGUGUAAAAGUGGUUAGUCCUGUCGCCUCCUGAGCGUUUUUGUAUUAUGUCACUUGGUUUUUCGUCUGAAGUGUAUGUAAAUAAUCGUAUUAAAAAUCUUCUACUCCAGACGCAGGAAAACCUUUUCCGGUAUAAAGCCCACCUUCCUCUAAUGUUGCGCAUGCCCACUGUGCCCAGCUGCUCCGCUUUCGUGCAUCCCAGACUUCUGUCACCAGGUAAGGGCAUCUUGGAAGCUGAGCCACAGUUGGCUGGGGCACAAAAAAACCAGGGGGUGCCAAGAGUUUUCAGGUUCGUAAGCGGGAAAGGGGUGCCGAGUCUCAGCUAAAAAAUCCCCCAUGGCAGAGAUCCGAGUAUACAUGCAGCAGUUUCCACCGGUGGGGGCCCCGAGAAAGGGGAGGAUGAUGGGAGAAGACAAGCAACUACAAGCCCCCGUAUCCAGUGCGCAGCUGGCUUCAGGAGAGAGGCCCGCGGCGCAGUGCUGCCGGGCCUCGGCGCAGAGUCCCGGCCGAGCGCCAGACGCUGACUGCCGACACCAGAAUGCUCGCGAUGAGGAAGACAGGCGGAGCGCUGCGAGGUAGCGAGCCCUCAACUCUCGUAUCCAUGACGCCUGCUGCUUCGAGGGACCCCUGGCAUGCUGGGGAGUGGGGCUCUGUGGGCCAUGCUGUCCCGCCCUGGCCGGCGCUGGAUCCCCACCGCCCCAGAGCCUCCCGCACGGCCACGGGAUGACAGAGCCGGACAUGACGCCACCGUGGAAGGAAGGGAGGGGCGGAGCGUGGCGCGGUGACGUCCUCCCAAGAUGGCGGAGACAGAGUGAAGAAACUGUGUUCCCCCACUUGGGUUGCUAUCGAUCAAGGGUAGAAUUCCAUUCUGAUAUCAAAAUGCAGUAUUCGCACCACUGUGAGCACCUUUUAGAGAGACUGAACAAACAGCGGGAAGCAGGUUUUCUUUGUGACUGCACCAUAGUGAUUGGGGAAUUCCAGUUUAAAGCUCAUAGGAAUGUGCUGGCCUCCUUUAGUGAGUAUUUUGGUGCGAUCUACAGAAGCACUUCUGAGAAUAAUGUCUUUCUUGAUCAGAGUCAGGUGAAGGCUGAUGGAUUUCAGAAACUGUUGGAGUUUAUAUACACAGGAACUUUAAAUCUUGACAGUUGGAAUGUUAAAGAAAUUCAUCAGGCUGCUGACUAUCUCAAAGUGGAAGAGGUGGUCACUAAAUGCAAAAUAAAGAUGGAAGAUUUUGCUUUUAUUGCUAAUCCUUCUUCUACAGAGAUAUGUAGUAUUACUGGAAACGUUGAAUUGAAUCAACAGACUUGUCUUCUUACUCUGCGAGAUUAUAAUAAUCGAGAGAAAUCAGAAGUAUCUACAGAUUCAGUUCAGGCAAAUCCUAAACAAGGGGCGUUAGCAAAAAAGUCAUCUCAAACAAAAAAGAAGAAGAAGCCUUUCAACUCCCCGAAAACAGGGCAGAAUAAAACAGUGCAAUAUCCCAGUGACAUCUUAGAGAAUGCAUCUGUUGAAUUAUUCCUAGAUGCAAAUAAACUGUCCACACCUGUAGUCGAACAAGUUGCACAAAUAAAUGAUAAUUCAGAACUCGAGUUGACAUCAGUUGUGGAAAAUACUUUUCCAGCACAAGAUAUUGUGCAGACUGUUACAGUGAAACGGAAACGUGGAAAAUCACAGCCAAACUGUGCUCUGAAAGAACACUCUAUGUCUAAUAUAGCCAGUGUCAAGAGUCCUUAUGAGGCAGAGAACUCUGGGGAAGAGCUGGAUCAGAGGUAUUCCAAGGCCAAGCCAAUGUGUAACACAUGUGGGAAAGUAUUUUCAGAAGCCAGCAGUUUGAGAAGGCACAUGAGAAUACACAAAGGAGUUAAACCUUACGUCUGCCACUUAUGUGGAAAGGCAUUUACCCAAUGUAACCAGCUGAAAACGCAUGUAAGAACUCAUACAGGUGAGAAGCCAUACAAAUGUGAAUUGUGUGAUAAAGGAUUUGCUCAGAAAUGUCAGCUAGUCUUCCAUAGUCGCAUGCAUCAUGGUGAAGAAAAACCCUAUAAAUGUGAUGUAUGCAACUUACAGUUUGCAACUUCUAGCAAUCUCAAGAUUCAUGCAAGGAAGCAUAGUGGAGAGAAGCCAUAUGUCUGUGAUAGGUGUGGACAGAGAUUUGCUCAAGCCAGCACACUGACCUAUCAUGUCCGUAGGCAUACUGGAGAAAAGCCUUAUGUAUGUGAUACCUGUGGAAAGGCAUUUGCUGUCUCUAGUUCUCUUAUCACUCAUUCUCGAAAACAUACAGGAGAGAGACCAUUUAUCUGUGAAUUAUGUGGAAAUUCUUACACAGAUAUUAAAAAUUUAAAGAAGCACAAAACAAAAGUCCAUUCUGGUGCAGAUAAAACUCUAGACUCCAGUGUAGAGGAUCAUACUUUGAGUGAACAAGAUUCCAUACAAAAAAGUCCUUUAUCAGAAACUAUGGAUGUGAAGCCUUCUGAUAUGACUUUACCAUUAGCUCUUCCACUUGGGACUGAGGACCAUCACAUGCUUCUGCCUGUCACGGAUACUCAGUCUCCUACAUCAGAUACAUUGUUGAGGUCAACUGUGAAUGGGUAUUCAGAACCACAAUUAAUUUUUUUACAACAAUUAUACUGACUUUGUGAGGAAUAUGGAAUUGCUAAGAUGUCAUUGGUAGCAAACAUCUCUGGUAAGGUGCAUAUAUUCAUACUAAAUUCCCAUUCAUUUGAGUUGUGACCAUUAUUUUUCAUUCACUGAAGUAAAAGCACCUGAUGCUGCAUCACAACUGCAAUGUUUGUUUUUAUUUUUGGCUUUUAUGUCUAUACUCCACACAGCUUUUUAAGGAAUGAAUUAUGUAGCACUAUUUUGGGUGGAUGUGUUUUAUUUUCUUUUAAAGCUGCCUUAAUUCCAUUUUUAUUUUGCAUUUUAGAAUUGCCCUUCAUUUACUAAAUCAGCCAGUUAAUGUGAUUCAGUUUUGACCUGUGGGACUUUAAAAUUUUCCUGCCCUCAGAAUUUAAGCAAAAUCCAUGAUAGUAUCAGCCCAAGAGUGUGUUACUAUUUGUCAGCCCCACGGAUCAAUACAUAAACUAUGGAGAAAAAGUAAAAUUUCAUUAUUUCCGCUCGUGAAAAUUUAGGUGCUGAAUAAGAAUUGUGCUAUUUCUCUAUUAAUAUAUUCUGUUAGAAAUAACUUUUCUAAUGAAACAACAAAUGUUUCUCAAAAUCUAGAAAAGUACAUAUAAAUUUUUGUUCAUUUAGAACUCAGUAUUCUGGAGAAAACCAAUGGUCAGUACUUUCGGUUUGAGUUAUCUGAGAUUCUAUUUUCAAAAUGAAUUUUAAGUAGAUAUUUGGUGUUUUUAUCUUGUCAAAGACAGUUUCAGAAUUUGAUUCAGUUUAUGUUUUAUUCAGUUUCUAAAAUAUUGGAGAUGAGGAAAAUGUACUUGAGUUUUGAAAUAUUUUGGUAAGCCUCUUAUUAUGCCUGUUAUGCACUUUUAAAAUAAAUAUUAAAUUCCAGAAGGAAUUUUCUAGAUAUAAACUUAAUGCAUACUAGAAAUCACUCGGCUUCUAAAUUUGGUACAUUAUAUUGCAUAAAGAGUUAAGAAAUUAACCUCAAUUAUAAGUAAACAUUUUGAGUUAGCAGAAAGCCAAUUUUAAAUAUUUUAUAUUUGAGUUUUCUAUAAGUUUGGGGUUUGUUAAUUUUAUAAAUUAAACGACAACUUUUGGUUGUGGUUGUAGUUUCACAAUGGUACUUCUCCUUCCAAUCGAAUGUAGAAAAUUUGUUAUUAUCCUGAUAUUUGUACCACUCAUCCCCAUGCCACUUUUCCCACAUAUUAAUUUAUUUCACUGCCUGAUCUUUGGAUAUGAAAUUAUCAGUUCCAUGAAGUCAAUUUUUAUAAUGCCGAUCAAACAGCAUGGUGACAUUCUUUCUUAUUCUUUUUUUCCCCCCCACAAGGCUAUUUUUCAGUGUGAGAUGACAUCAUUUAUUAUUUCUGCCAUGCUGUGACUUUUGUUUUCUGCUUUUAAACUACACCUGUAGUACAGUUAAUAUGGUUUUUAUUGGUGUUGAUUUCUUUAAUUCAUUAAUUUUCUCUACUUGGGACCCAAGUCACAGGAACCAAUUAGAAGACAUAAUAAAAAUACUUAAUGCUUGUAAUCUGUAGAGAUCUUCACCAUUUCACAGCACACACAUUAUUUUCAUAAUAAAUUGCCACUGGUGGGACAUGGGACUGACUUAUUUGAAUAGAGUUUGAAAUACCACCUUUGUACGAUACAAACUUAAUAUUUGAUUAUUUUAUCUAAGAAAUUUAUGCAUGUGUAUUAAGUUAAAAUAGUAGGUUUAAAUAAAAUUCAUAAAGCAUUA